UCUUGGAUGCUGUCUAUAAAUUGGGAACGCGCAUAUCCAGAGCAGAAAUUGCGACUAUUUUGGAUUUAUAAAAAGGUAUGCAACUUUGUCUUUUGUCUUUAAUUGGUUAAAUGAGAAAACUCAGGAAAUAGGUGGAAAAACAUUUCAAUUGUUAGCGUUGGCGGCACACACCCACUCAAAGCCUUUCACACCUCUUGAAAACGUAGCCAGCUAAAAAUUGUGUAGGUAAAAGGCGAAAAAUGAAAAGAAAAAACUCUUCCAUUUCAGCGCGAAAAAAGAAAGCCAUGAAAAUGUGCAAAAAAAAAGUGCAACUGUCAACGGGACACAAAAAACUUUGUUGUUUACAAUUUGCUUGUUGUUGUUGUUGUUGUUGCUUGCAACACUGUGCUGCGCGCGCCUGGAAAAUAUUGAAUUCAAUUUAAAGCGCAAGAGAGGCGUUCAUAAAUCUCCGACAAUUGUAUGAGCCAAAGAGGAGCGGCGAUGGCGGGUAAAAAGGCCCCGCCGCCGGGCAGGGAAUCGGUGAAAGAGUUAAGAGUCGGAUUAUGGUCAUGCACCACCCUGCUGUUGCUGCCUGCCGGUCUACCCUUCCCUUACCCCUUCCCUUUUACCAUCUCACAUCCACUUAUUGUCCACAGUCGCCUUCUCAUCCGCUCACUCAUUUAUUCCUUUUGAUUGCAGUCGUGCGAGGGAGAUGAGGGCAGAGGGGAGAUCGUAAACUGUCAGCGCAAUUAAAAUAAAUUGAAACUGAACUUUCGCACACACAGUGAAAAAAUUGUAUAUUAAAUGAGAUAUAUAAAUAAAUUCUUUAUUAAGAAUAUUUCCUAAAAAAGUUGCUUAGUUCUUUUAGUAAAAUUAUAAAAGUACUUCCCAAACUUAUGGUACUUCUACAACCUAUAGUACUUCUAAAACUUAAAGUAACUAUAAAACUGUAACUCAAUAUAAUAUCCUUUCAAAUCGCUCUCAAACCUAUCUAAAUCCAUUUCCCAUUUAAUAAUCAGUUUUUUUUCUACAAACUAAACAAACUAAAAUAAAUAAUUUAUUUUCCUCUAUGUGAAAAUGAAAUUUAACACAAAUUUUCCCGCCCAGCUGUCGCAUAAUUCAUCAACUAUUUAGCCGGCAACAGAAGGAAAAUUGAAGAAAAAUUUGCGUGUGUGUGUGUGUCGCAAAAAACUUUUUCAUUUUUAGCAUCUUGAUUGUUUGUGCGAGAGAGGGAGUGCUGAGGAGAGUAGGGGAAGGAGCAGUUGGAAGAGAUUGAAGCUGAGUGUAGGAACUUUUUAGCCUGGUAGCCGGGUAGCCAGAAAACGGUUUUGCCUGCCAUGGCCAUGGGCAACUAAAUGAACGUUCCACACAGUCUUUGGUCUUCAGUUUUCAGUUUUGCAGUCCGCUGUCUUUUAGUCUGAAGUCCGUCCGUCCCUUACGGUCCAUUCCGUCCGCGCGGAUAUAACCCAACUCUCACCCCUUGCCACUGUGCCUGCCCUUCUCUUUCUGUUCGCUUACCUUCCUUCUCAGCUCGUAUCUCAAAUUGUUCAACUUCAUCAGCAGAAAAAAAAAGUAAGGGAAAAAGAUGCUGCUGCCGUGGAUUGUGGAUAUGCACUGAGAGAAAUUUUCUAGUCUUUAUAGCCAACUUAAAACUGUAUAAAAAAAACUUUUAAACUAAAAUCUCUGAAGUUGAUAUCACUUUUAAAACGAACUUUUUGCCUUGAGAUAUAUCCUUUUUUCCUGUGUACCAAAUCACACCAAGUCAGGCCAUACCCCUCCUUAUCCCCUUACAUAUAUCCUCUCCUGGCCCCGUCUCCUUACUCCUCAUUCGAUUGUCAUGAGUCUGGAGUUGGAGGAGACUCUUUGCCUUUGUCCUUUUUGUUUUCCAACGGCGGCAGGCAACAUCAGGAGACUAAGACCCCGAGGACCCAGAGGCACUUGAGCUUGGUUUCUGAGUUGAGGAAGUCAAGGGAGAAUAUAAGUGGAUGGAUCGGGCAAGGAGGUGAAGAAGGGUGGAAGUAGAGGAGCCGCAUGAGGAGUUAAGCGGAUGCAAAAUACUGAAAAAAUUUCUUGAAAAUGAGAAGGGUGCAUCGGGGAUUCGAUAUUCUUAAUGCUCCUCAGCUUAAUAGGUUGUACAAAAUAUACAAACUGAUUUCGUUUUGGGUUAGUUUGAAGUUAAGAAAUCGUAAACCUUAGCUUGUUAAGUCAAAAUUUCCCAUAUAGAAGAAGCCUACCGAAAUGGCUCUCGUCCAGAGGGACGAAAACGACUUUCAUGCCCUUCGCGAGGCUCAGAUGAUGGUGGACACAUGUCAGGAUUUUGCUGACCACUUGAUAUUGGCCGAAUACCUGCCCCAUUGCUGUUCGGUGGCCUACAUCAAUAUACGCACCUUGGAGCAGGUCGCCUGGUGCGUGGAACUAAGUUGCGUUGGCUAUCGCAUCGUGGCCUAUGACUUUGAUAUGGUGGCCGAUGAUGUGGCCAAUUGUGACACCAUCUAUGAGACUGCUCAUCAAUUGCUGGCCGGGAUUAGUCCAUUGUAUGGUGAGAAAUAUGGCUUUGGACGAGAGCCUUUAAAGACCAGCAAGGAGUAGGGGCGUGGCAUGUGAAGAAUUUUUCUGCUAAUUGCUAAUUGCCGCCCCAAAAAGUGAUAAUUAAGCGUUUUGCAGGUAAAUGACUUGAUUGCAAUAAUAAAGCCAAAGGCAGGCUGGUGAGCUGGA